CCCCUCCCCCUCCCCCCUCUCCCUUCCCCCUGUCCUCUCGUGCGGUCCUAGGAGCCCCCCGAGAGCCGCGCACUCCGCCCUCCCGCGAGCGCGCGUCUGGCCCCACCAUGGCUAAACAGACCGUCUACAACAUCAACGGCAAGCCCGGGCUCAUCGAUCAGAAUGACAACCCGCUUGGCCUCUACGUGCCGGCCUACUGGUAUGUGUGGCCGUUCCUCACCUGCUGGCUGUCCUUCUGGUUCCUGUCCGGCCUCUGGCCGAUCUACCUGGCCCUGAUGGCGGUCUAUGCCUACGCCUGCCCCUUCGGCACCUGGGCCCGGAAUGUGGACCUCCUCUUCCGCGCGCUGCGCCCCUUCGAGGGCUUCUCCUGGCUGGUCAACCUCAACUCGGUUGCCAUCUGCAUGUCCCGCUUCCUGGUCCUCUGGCCCCUGGAGACGGUCCUCUGGCACAUCGACGAGAUCUUCUUCAAGGACUACCACAAUGUCACCAUCAAGGAGCCGGUCUUCCUGGUGGGCCAGCCCCGCUCCGGUACCACCAAGCUCGAGAGCAUCCUCGCCGAGGAUGAGCGCCUGCUGGCCCUCACCCUCUUCGAGAUGCGCUUCCCCUACCUGUGCGUGCAGUAUGCCCUGGACCUGGCCUGCGAGCUGGACAAGCGCUUCCUCGGCAACCGCGUGCGCGACUUCGUCGUCCGCAACCACCUCAACUGCUACAUGGCCCAUGAUAGCCCCCGUGCCAAGAUGCGCCGCCUGCGCUUCGAUCUCUCCGACGAGGAUGACACCAUCUUCCUCUUCCACCACUCGGCCCACUUCAUGGUCCUCGGCGCCUUCCCCUGCCCGGACUUCGCUCGUGACUUCUAUCACUUUGACUGGCGCCCCAAGCGUGAUCGCGCCAACAUGAUGGACUUCCACCAGCGCUGCGUCAAGAAGGUCCUCUACCGCCGUGGCAAGCCCGACUCCGUGUACUUCAGCAAGUGGGUCGCCGGCUGGAAUGGCCAGCUCUCCUAUGCCAUCAAGCAGUACCCGGAUGCGCGGUACAUUUGCCUCGUGCGCAACCCCGAGUCCUCGCUCCCCAGCUGGAUGCGCCUGCAGGGCCUCCUGGCCCAGGAUUUCGCCGGCAUCGACGUCAUGGCCCACAAGGAGCUGGCGCGCGUGGUGCGCGAGGAGAACGCCAUCUGGUUCCGCAACCAGAUCGAGUUCUGCCGCAACAUCGUCAAGCCCUCCAACCUGUACCUCGUCCGGUCGGAGAAGUUCUACGAGAACAUCUACAACAACACGCACAGCCUGUACCAGUUCCUCCGGCUCAAGGUGGACAAGGACAGCGCCUUCGAGCGGACACUCCUCCGGCACCAGGAGGCCCAGGCCGAUCACCAGCCCACUCGCACCGACGAGCGCCACAUCACUCGCUACCAGAUCUUCACCGAGUUCCCGGACAUCGUCAAGGAGCUCUUCCCGGAGGAGGCCGAGGAGCGCGACCGUCUGCGUGCCUCUGUCAUUGCCGAGCACGAGGCCUCCCUGGCCGCUGCCAUCAAGAGCAAGUAAAUCCCCCCCCCCCCCCCCCAC